AAAACCUCUACGAGAGUGACCAUGUUCUUUGCUCUGUCUCUCCUACGAUGGCGUCUUCUGCUCAAAGUCCUCAUUUUUAUCUCAAUCCAGGCAAGUCCAACUCUUUUCAGAGCAAAGCUUAUAAACAGAGAAACGUUAAUUUCUAUUGGAAUUUUGGAAUUCGGAGACUUUUCUUGAGAAAAUCUCAAGGACUAUCUGUUCUUAGCUCGAGUUCGAGUAGUACCCACUUUUCGAAUUCUCAGUUACAUGGACUCUGCGCGAAUGGGAAGCUGGAGGAAGCUAUGAAGCUUCUCAAUUCUAUGCAGGAGUUGCGGGUUGCGGUAGACGAAGAUGUGUUUGUGGCUUUGGUUAGGCUGUGCGAGUGGAAGAGAGCACAGGAGGAAGGUUCUAAGGUUUAUUCUAUUGCUCUCAGUUCCAUGAGCAGUCUUGGUGUUGAACUCGGUAACGCGUUUCUCGCUAUGUUUGUGAGGUUUGGUAAUUUGGUUGAUGCCUGGUAUGUUUUUGGUAAAAUGUCUGAGAGAAACUUGUUUUCUUGGAAUGUGUUGGUUGGUGGCUAUGCAAAGCAAGGCUAUUUCGAUGAGGCUAUGUGUUUGUAUCAUAGAAUGUUGUGGGUUGGUGGUGUGAAGCCUGAUGUCUAUACGUUCCCCUGUGUGUUGAGAACCUGUGGAGGUAUACCUGAUCUAGCUCGAGGAAAAGAGGUUCAUGUUCAUGUGGUUCGAUACGGAUAUGAAUUGGAUAUUGAUGUGGUUAACGCUUUGAUUACUAUGUAUGUGAAGUGUGGUGAUGUGAAGAGCGCGAGGUUGCUUUUUGAUAGAAUGCCUAGGAGAGAUAUAAUCUCAUGGAACGCAAUGAUCUCAGGGUAUUUUGAGAAUGGGAUGUGUCAUGAAGGAUUGGAGUUAUUCUUUGCAAUGCGUGGGCUUUCCGUUGAUCCUGAUUUGAUGACCUUGACUAGUGUUAUCUCUGCCUGUGAGCUUCUUGGAGAUAGAAGGUUAGGAAGGGAUAUUCAUGCGUAUGUGAUAACCACGGGUUUCGCUGUUGACAUAUCUGUCUGCAACUCUUUAACGCAGAUGUACUUAAAUGCUGGGUCAUGGCGUGAAGCUGAAAAACUGUUCAGCAGAAUGGAGCGCAAAGACAUUGUGUCAUGGACCACUAUGAUUUCAGGCUAUGAAUAUAAUUUUCUGCCCGAUAAGGCCAUAGACACUUACAGAAUGAUGGAUCAAGAUUCUGUGAAGCCAGACGAGAUAACAGUAGCUGCUGUUCUAUCUGCUUGUGCUACUCUAGGUGAUCUUGACACUGGUGUUGAGCUCCAUAAGCUUGCGAUUAAGGCAAGGCUCAUAUCCUAUGUGAUUGUCGCAAACAAUCUCAUUAAUAUGUACUCAAAGUGCAAAUGCAUUGAUAAGGCCUUGGAUAUCUUCCAUAACAUCCCCCGCAAGAAUGUAAUAUCUUGGACAUCGAUUAUUGCAGGGCUUCGACUCAACAACCGGUGUUUUGAGGCCUUGAUAUUCCUCCGGCAAAUGAAAAUGACGUUGCAGCCAAAUGCAAUAACCUUAACAGCUGCAUUAGCAGCUUGUGCUAGAAUCGGGGCUCUGAUGUGUGGGAAAGAGAUUCAUGCCCAUGUACUGAGAACAGGAGUGGGGCUUGAUGAUUUUCUUCCAAAUGCACUCUUAGACAUGUAUGUACGGUGCGGGAGAAUGAACACUGCUUGGAGUCAGUUCAACUCACAGAAAAAAGAUGUCACAUCAUGGAACAUUCUUCUUACUGGAUAUUCAGAGCGGGGUCAAGGGUCGAUGGUGGUAGAGUUAUUUGAUAGAAUGGUUAAGUCCAGAGUAAGGCCAGAUGAGAUUACAUUCAUCUCAUUGUUAUGUGGUUGUAGCAAAUCCCAAAUGGUGAGACAAGGUUUGAUGUACUUUAGCAAAAUGGAGGAUUAUGGUGUUACCCCAAACUUGAAGCACUAUGCGUGCGUGGUUGAUUUGCUAGGCCGUGCAGGCGAGUUACAAGAAGCACACAAGUUUAUUCAGAAAAUGCCAGUAACACCAGAUCCAGCCGUAUGGGGAGCUUUGCUUAAUGCAUGCAGGAUUCACCACAAAAUUGAUCUUGGUGAGCUAUCAGCGCAACAUAUAUUUGAGCUGGACAAGAAAAGUGUUGGCUAUUACAUUCUGUUAUGUAAUCUGUAUGCUGAUUGUGGAAAAUGGAGAGAAGUUGCAAAAGUGAGAAGAAUGAUGAAAGAAAACGGGCUAACAGUUGAUGCAGGAUGCAGUUGGGUUGAAGUAAAGGGUAAAGUUCACGCCUUUCUUAGCGAUGACAAGUACCAUCCUCAAACAAAAGAGAUCAACACUGUUUUAGAGGGGUUCUAUGAGAAAAUGAGUGAAGUUGGGCUUACUAAAAUUUCAGAAUCGAGUUCUAUGGAUGAGACAGAGAUUUCGAGAGAUGAGAUAUUCUGUGGACAUAGCGAGAGAAAGGCCAUUGCAUUUGGUCUGAUCAACACGGUCCCAGGAAUGCCAAUUUGGGUAACAAAGAAUCUCAGUAUGUGUGAAAAUUGCCAUGAUACAGUAAAGUUCAUCUCCAAAACAGUAAGAAGAGAAAUCUCAGUAAGAGAUGCUGAGCAUUUCCACCACUUUAAAGAUGGAGAAUGUUCAUGUGGAGAUUAG